UGUAAACUUCUGGACCAUCGCAGUGGUUGCUGUUGGGACAAGUUUCUUUUUGACGGUGGCCAUCUCCCUCUACCUGAUAUGCAAAACGAGACUGGAGCGCCCCCUCCCAGUUCGACAUCGUCGGACAGUCCGCCACAUCAGCCAGGGGCCCGAUGCCCUGCACCCUAGUCACCCUUACUUCAUCCAGAGCUCUCCUCACUCUCAACUCCAGCACCUGCAUCACCAAUACAACUCCGCCACAACUUCCCUCCACUUCAUGGACCCCAACUGCACCUCCCACCAUCCGAAUUUGGAUGAUGAUGACGACGAUUGAAAGGUUACCUAUUUUAAAAGGAGUCAAUGUGUACCUGUCCCUCCUCCUUCUCCUCGUUUGUAUGGUAAUGGAUGUCUUCUGGAGAACGUGCUUCUAUGGCGUCUUGUAAAUUUGUCGUAGAUGGUCAGCUUCCAGGUUUUAUUGGGGGGGUCGUUUUUCCCAAAACUGGACCCUUUCUUCUAUAAAUGUCAUUGCAUAAUUUAUAUAGGUAUAUAUAAGAUGAAAUACUUGAAAAUGUUAUUUUAAUUAUAUUAUUAAGAAAAAAUUGGGCAGGCGGUCUAUGCCCUUCAACCCGAUUAGAUGUUAUUCAAAGUACUGACUUUGGUUAACAGAAUUGUACUUAUAAUGUUGAAAGUUUCCAUAGAAAAUCAAGAAUAAUUCUUCAGUUUUAUCGAUUGAUUCAUUUGUUAUUUAUUACUUUGAAAGUACAGUUCAAUGAAAAGGAUAGUCACUGAAAAUACGAACUUCCAGAUUUUUUUUUUUUUUUUGUGGGGGGGGUCGGUCGUUCGACCCCCCUAGCCCCCAUCCCCCGCCCUCGGUACGGGCCUGGCUUCUUUUACGAAGUCGUCGUCUGAGGUAAUGUCCCUUGCUUUCUCAACAGGAAAUCUACUGCUUCAAAUGAUCCUAAAAGCUACUUGUCUACACAAUUCAGAAUUAAUGCCAGUACACGCCGGGGUAUUUUCGUAACUUUUCUACUUUGCAGGAAUCAAGUAACUAUGAAAUAGAUGGUGUAGUUAACCCACGUCAUUCUUCCUUGUCUUUCGCUUUCUUUACAAAAAGGGGGAGAAAAUAUAUUGAAUACCGACACGGGUAUUCAAAAAAUUGGUGGCCGUUAAUAAAGUCACAAUUUUGGCUAGGAAAAAAAGUCACAUUAAUUUACAGUCUUUUGUUUAUUUUUUACGGUAAUCCCCGACGGGCUUGUACUACGCAAAGGUGGAUACAUGCCGGGUUAAACUUACCCUGGGUUUUAAUACCCAGGAAAAAUUAAUGUGACCUUUUCUUCUUUUACCUGUGACUAAUUUUACCUGGAUUCGAGAAUUUAACCCUCAUGUUUUCUUGUAGCCACAGCAUUGAAAGUUUGACAAAAUGGUUAGCAAUUUUAGUUGGGACCCUAAUGAAGAUGAUCGAUUUUGUAUUAUGGUUAUUUUCUUCAUGCGUAUGUUUUUCUUUUACUUGAUUUAAAAUUCAUAAUAUUUCUUGUUUCGUUGAGUUACCUUCCGCUUUUCAAAUGAAAACUUAACGAUUUUAUUUACUCGCUUUGUUUUUUCCAAAAAAAAAGUGUAGAGAAAAAUUAAUACUUAUAUAAAAAUAAAAUGCUUACGAGAAAUCAAGAAAGGCCUAAAAUAUGUUUAAAACUGGUGACCAAAAAUAGAAAAAAAGCCUCACAUAUAUUUUUUGUUACAGUAGCAAUUUGAACUUACUGUAUGCAUUACUGAAUGAGACUAAUUUGUCCUGAGACACUGGAUUUACGUAUGUACGUUCAUUACAAUGAUUCUAUUUUAAUACCGAUAUUUUUAACGUCAAGUUCAAGGCACUUAAUGACAGGAAAUAAUUUCUCACCCAUGAAAUAAAGUAAGCUUUCUAAAGUUGUAUUUUCUUUAGCAAGAGGGUUUCUAUGAGGUUCCCAGAGAUAACCGAUUACUUACGAACUAGGCUAAUGUCCUUAACCUUACCUAGAUGAUACAGCAGCACACUCCAAGGAAAAGGUAAUCUAACUCUACCCCCGGGGGCACAGAAUUCAAUCUAACAGGGGAUAAGCCAGGGAGCGUCUCUCCCCCUAGCUUUUCCCUAUUAAUAGACAUGAAUCAUAAUAAUACUAUAAUAGAUUCACAUCAACCGUGCAUCCUGAAUGGCUGUUGAUAAGCCAGUCACAGGGUUGGAAACUCUCAGUCUCUCGAGAGAGUUCGCAUAGGCAGGAUGUAUGUUCCACCUCUCCUGAAGGAUAUGGCUUUCAAAAGUAUCCCUCGGGAGAGGUGGAGUAUACAUACUACCUAUGUGAACUUUCGAGAGAGACUGAGAGUUUUCAGCCCUGUCAUUGGCUUAUCAACAGCCAGUCAGGAGCGUCGUAAAGGACUGGCCUAGACAUCAGAUGGACGGUUGAUGUGAAUCUACUAUAGUUUUGAGUAGCCGGGUUAGGAAGUGUCUGCUCCGGUUUGACUGGAUGACGGAUCCCUUCAAAUUUUCUGAAGUACCAGACCCAGUGCUUCCAUCUAAUUUUAUUUUCACAUUACGGCUGCACGUGAACGUCGGGUAAUGUUGAGGGAAUUAGUAAGAGUUUUGGAGAGGUAAUUCGUUUGACAUAAUUUGAAAUAUUAUUGGAGAGGGAAAACUUUAUAUGAAAAUUAUUUGACCAAACUUGAGGUAUUAUCAUGGUGGUUUCCUGUAUGUCGUUAUGUGAAAGCGACAUACUUCAGUAAAUGUUAUUUUUUAAUAAAUGUGUUUUAUUUUUUCCUACAGAAAUCAUAUUUUACAGUGGUAUGGAACUUCACAAAUUCAAUGGAUUUUAAAAUUCUCGUCAUCUCGUAUUUCUGCCUUCCCCUCUCGUUUAAUUUCCUUACAAAGGUUUUUAGACUUUAGGGGACACUAAAUUAAACUAUUAAAAAAACAAGCAUAUAAUAUAUAAAGUAAAAAAUAAGGAGAUAAAUUAUAUGCCUCGUCUCGUUAUUUCAAGAAGAUGCUUAAUCGAAAUAACAAUGAAUCAAAGGACGGUAAAUUCUCGUGUAUUUUGUGCUGUUUUUUGACAGAGUGAAGUAGGAGUUGAUACAUUAUCCCGUGAAAAUCCAAGUUCUAUGAAAAUUUCUUUACUUGAAAGGUUUUAAUACCGAAGUCCAAGAAAGUCAAAUGUACGAAGAGGUAACGCAGUGACCGCCUGAGUAUUCGGGAUUUCGAACAACGAACAAAAGAGUGGAGAAUUUAUGUUAAAAAAGGAACACUGAUAUAAGAAAACUGUUUCCACAACUAUUGUAAUAAGUAACCGUACUAAAGGUCUCUUGUUUCAUGCAGUCCCCCUAUUUAUGAG